AUGACGAAGAACUACCAGCAUGUCUUAGCCUUAGUUUAUGCAGUGAAGGAGAUAAAUGAAAACCACCAGAUUUUACCUAAUGCCACCAUUGGAUUCCACAUCUAUGAUAGAUAUGGUUCAAGUUGGACUUAUCAUGCCACAAUGAAACUUUUCUCUACCCAGAAUGAGUUCAUCCCCAACUACAAGUGUGGCAUCCAGAACAACAUAAUGUCUGUCAUUGGAGCCCUUUACCCCGAAACCUCCCUCCACAUGGCAAAUAUCUUGGGCAUCUACAAAGUUCCACAGUUCAUGUAUGGCUGUGCUCCAGUUAUAAAUGAUAAUGUUGAAAGUAUUUCCUCCUACCAAAUGGUUCCAAGUGAAGACUACCAAAAUGCAGGGAUAGUCAAACUACUGUUGCACUUCAAGUGGACAUGGGUUGGUAUCAUUGCCAAAGAUAAUGAGAAUGGACAAAGAUUUGUGCAGACCUUACUUGCAGUGUUUCCCAUCCAUGGUAUCUGUGCUGCCUUCUUAGAAAGUGUCAAGACAGUUCACGUCUUGGGUAUGUUCGACAUACUGGAUUCUUUGUUGAAAAUAUAUGGUUUCAUGAAGACCAAUGCCAAUGCAUUAGUUAUCUAUGAGGAUCAUAUACUAUAUUUGAGAAUAUUACUAUAUCUACCAGAAACAGGGUUAGUAACAAUGGCACCUCAAGGUAAAGUGUGGAUUAUGACAGCCCAGAUGGAGCUCACAGCAUUGCCUCUUCAAAAGAGUUGGGAUAUACAAGGCAUCCAUGGUGCUUUGUCCUUCACAAUUCACUCAAGUGAAGUAUUAGGAUUCCAGAAUUUUAUUCAAACUAGAAAUCAUUUACUGAUAAAAGAAGAUGGUUUUAUCAAGGAGUUCUGGGAGCAAGCAUUCACCUGUGCAUUUCCAAAACCUAGCAAAAAACCUGUGGAAAUCUGUACUAUGGAGGAGAAUUUGGAGAGCCUUUCUGGUGCUUUAUUUGAAAUGGGCAUGACUGGGCACAGUUACAGCAUCUACAAUGCUGUAUAUGCUGUGGCCCAUGCUUUACAUGCCAUGCAAUCAAGUCAACUGAAACAGAGAGGAACGAUGAAGGGAGCAAGGCUUGAUCUUCAGAAUCAACAGUCAUGGCAGCUCCACCACUUUCUGAAAAGAGUUUCAUUUAACAACAGUGUCGGGGAGAAGAUUUGCUUCAACCAGAAUGGAGAAUUGCUAUUUGGAUUUGAUAUUGUGAACUGGAUCACUUUCCCAAACCAGUCAUUUCAUAGAGAGAAAAUUGGAAGGCUGGACCCCAGGGCUCCCCCUGACAAAAUGUUAACCAUUCAUGAUGAUGCCAUCUCAUGGCACAGCAGUUUUAAUCAGACAUUUCCUCUCUCUGUGUGUACUGACAGCUGUGAUCCUGGUAACUUCAGGAGAAAACAGGAGCAGAAGGCAUCUUGCUGUUACGAUUGCAUUCCAUGUCCAGAAGGGGAAAUUUCAAACCAGAAUGACAUGGAUGACUGUUUCAGAUGCCCAGAAGAUCAACAUCCAAACAACCACCAGGAUUCUUGUGUUCCCAAGAUAGUAAACUACUUGUCCUAUGAAGAACCUUUGGGGAUCAGUUUAGCCAUAUUGACACUGUCUUUUUCAUUCCUCACAGCUCUGGUGCUAGGAAUAUUUAUAAAGUACCACAACACUCCAAUUGUCAAAGCCAACAAUGAGAACCUCUCCUACAUUCUCCUUGUUUCCCUCCAUUUCUGCUUCCUUUGUGCUUUACUAUUCAUUGGCAAACCUAGGAAGGUGACCUGUCGCCUCCGACAUAUUGCUUUUGGCUUAGUCUUCUCAGUUGCUGUGUCUUGUGUAUUGGCAAAAACCAUCACAGUGGUUUUGGCUUUCAUGGCCACAAAGCCAGGAAGCAGGAUGAGGAAAUGGGUGGGGAAAAGCAUGGCCAAUGCUACUGUUCUUUCUUGCUCUUUCAUUCAGGCAUGCGUUUGUAAUGUAUGGCUGGCAACGUCUCCCCCAUUCCCAGAUGCUGACAUGCACUCAGGGGUGGAAGAAUUUGUCCUGGAAUGUAAUAAAGGUUCUGCAAAUAUGUUUUACUGUGUCCUGGGGUAUAUGGGUUUUCUGGCAAUUAUCAGUUUCACUGUGGCUUUCCUAGCUAGGAAGUUACCUGGCAGUUUCAAUGAAGCCAAAUUCAUCACUUUCAGCAUGUUGGUCUUUUGCAGUGUUUGGCUAUCCUUCAUUCCAACCUACCUCAGCUCAAAUGGAAAAUACAUAGUAGCUGUGGAGAUCUUCUCUAUCAUAGCUUCCAGUGCUGGAUUGCUAUGUUGCAUCUUUAUUCCCAAAUGUUACAUUGUUUUGUUUUGUCCUGAACUAAACAAUAGGGAACAGCUAAUGAGGAGAACUUCUGAAAAACAAAAUUGA